AUGGCCACCCCACCUAAGAGGUUCUGCUCUUCUCCCUCAACCAGCUCUGAGGGCACCCGCAUCAAGAAGAUAUCCAUCGAGGGGAACAUCGCUGCCGGGAAGUCAACGUUUGUGAAUAUCUUAAAGCAAGUCUGUGAGGAUUGGGAAGUGGUUCCUGAGCCCGUCGCCAGGUGGUGCAAUGUGCAGAGUACCCAAGACGAGUUUGAGGAGUUGACAACAUCUCAGAAGAGCGGUGGGAAUGUUCUUCAGAUGAUGUAUGAGAAACCUGAGCGGUGGUCUUUUACCUUCCAAUCAUACGCCUGUCUCAGCCGGAUCCGGGCCCAGCUUGCCUCUCUCAACGGCAGGCUCAAGGAUGCAGAGAAACCUGUAUUAUUUUUUGAACGAUCUGUGUAUAGUGACAGGUAUAUUUUCGCAUCUAAUUUGUAUGAAUCUGACUGCAUGAAUGAGACAGAAUGGACAAUAUAUCAAGACUGGCAUGACUGGAUGAAUAGCCAGUUUGGCCAAAGCCUUGAAUUGGAUGGAAUAAUUUAUCUUCGAGCUACUCCAGAGAAGUGCUUAAAUAGAAUAUAUAUACGGGGAAGGGAUGAAGAGCAAGGCAUUCCUCUUGAAUAUUUAGAGAAGCUUCACUAUAAACACGAAAGCUGGCUCCUUCAUCGGACUCUGAAAACCAACUUUGAAUAUCUCCAAGAGGUGCCUAUCCUCACACUGGAUGUUAAUGAAGACUUUAAAGACAAACACGAAAGUCUGGUUGAAAAGGUCAAAGAAUUUUUGAGUACUUUGUGAUUGGACAGGAGACAACAGGCAACAAAAUGUUUCUACAUACUUCAGUUUUGUAUAUUGCCAUAGCUUGAUAUUACUGCAAAAGUCUUUAGAAGAUUAAAGUUUUUAAACCAUUU